AUGGUCGGUGUUGGUUGUGGAAUAGCCGCUCACAUAGGAGUUUCAAUUCGGGGUCUGAGGAUUGAACUGCGGCCCACUCCUCACUUUCCGGUGCAUGUAACGACAUCGAUAAGACGUAAGAAACGGAACAUGAUGGACAAUCACCAUGAUCGCGGGUUGGUCGGCGGGACAAAGCAUUCCCGUGUCGUUUACCUGCUUGAUGCCGGCUCUCGAAAUCGUACUCUUGCAAGUGUUAGACAUUCCAUUCGUCGGGUAUCUGGUGGUCCUGACGCAAUGGCUCGUGGGAUUUGCACUCAACCACAGGGCUGA